AUGGGUGCUGGAGGCCAGCAGACAGAGAUGGCAAGCUGCAGUGGGAUUUAUACCUGGGAAGAAGUGCAGAGUCAUUGCAGAAGGAAUGAUAUGUGGCUGGUGAUCCAACGGAAGGUCUACAAUGUCACAAAUUGGGCCACCAAACAUCCGGGAGGCUUUCGGGUCAUCCAUCAUUACGCGGGAGAAGAUGCCACGGAGGCAUUUACUGCCUUUCACCCAGACAAAAAGUUUGUGCAUCGCUUCCUGAAGCCACUGCUGAUCGGAAAGCUGGCAGAGACAGAGCCCAACCAGGACAGACAGAAGAAUGCUGCAGUCAGUCAGGACUUAAAGGAUUUACGCGCACGUGCAGUGCAACAGGGUCUAUUUCGAGCCCAUCCUCUGUUCUUCAUGGCCCAUCUAAUUCAUAUUGUGCUGCUAGAAGUACUGGCCUGGCUGCUGGUGUGGUUUUGGGGAACAAACUGGAUCUCGACGAUAGUCUGCGCCGUCCUGAUGGCAACUGCGCAGAUCCAGGCCGGAUGGCUGCAGCAUGAUUUUGGUCACCUGUCUGUCUUCAAGAAGUCCACAUGGAAUCAUCUUGCACACAAGUUUCUCAUUGGCCAUUUAAAGGGAGCUUCUGCUAACUGGUGGAAUCAUCGGCACUUCCAGCAUCAUGCUAAACCCAACAUUUUCAGUAAAGAUCCAGAUGUCAACAUGCUGCGCAUGUUUGUUAUCGGAUCCGUUCAGCCUGUUGAGUACGGCACCAAAAAGAUCAAACAUAUGCCGUACAACCAUCAGCACCGAUACUUCUUCCUCGUUGGACCUCCACUUCUGAUUCCAGUAUAUUUCCACCUUCAAAUCAUGCGUGUGAUGAUCGUUCGACGAGACUGGGUGGAUAUGGCCUGGGCCUUGUCCUACUAUCUUCGCUAUUUCAGUUGUUAUACUCAACUUUAUGGUCUGCUGGGCUCAUUCGCACUCAUCGUAUUUGUCAGAUUUCUGGAGAGCCACUGGUUCGUGUGGGUAACUCAGAUGAGUCAUCUACCCAUGGACAUUGACCAUGAAAAGCAUCAGGACUGGCUCACCAUGCAGUUACAAGCCACCUGCAACAUUGAGGAGUCCCCCUUCAAUGACUGGUUUAGUGGACACCUCAACUUUCAGAUUGAACACCAUCUUUUUCCUACAAUGCCGCGUCAUAACUACCAUCGCGUAGCGCCACUUGUGCGCGCUCUCUGUGAGAAGCAUAACAUUGCUUAUCAAGUGAAGACACUGAGAAAAGGCUUGACUGAUGUCAUCAGAUCACUGAAAACCUCAGGGAAUCUCUGGCUUGAUGCAUAUCUUCAUAAAUGA